AUGGAUUGGGUGUUCUGUUCCAUUUUUACCUUCUUGGAGUGCCCCAGGUUACGCAUCAAGAGGCCAUCAUGGUUGCAACUGCCUUCUAGGAUGACGGUUUUUGCUUUUGUUCUGUCGACUUACUUUCUUGUUACCGGAGGUAUCAUAUUUGAUGUUAUAAAUGGGCCACCCAGUGUUGGAACGGAGACCGACGCCAGAGGGAAUCAGAGGCCGCUUCAGGUUGCUUUUAUGCAAUGGCGAAUAAAUAGCCAAUAUAUAAUGGAGGGCCUUCUAUGUAGCUUUAUGUUCACGCUCGGUGCAAUAGGAUUUAUCUUGCUUGAUAUAAUCAAUGAAUCCAAGAUGACCAGAUUGGCACGCGCAGUAGUGCUCUCGCUGGGUGUUGCGUGCAUUUUCGUGUCUUUCAUCUCGGUACGUGCGUUCAUGAAGAUAAAGAUGCCUUCGUAUCGGUUUUGA